CUCUCUCUCCCUCUUUGCUUUUUUUUCCCCCCGGUUUGUGUGGGGAGGGGGGGAACUAUAAGUCGGUAUUCGCCAGAGGGUAAAGUGGGUAUUCGCCGCUUCAUACCACUUACCCACGCAACAAUCCUGAAAGCAGAGAAUCUCCGGAAAAAUGGCGUCGUCUGCUUCAGCUUUGCGACCAUCGAAGGCCGAUGUGCUUUCCCUCUUCCGUUCUCUCCUCCGCGCGGCACGCCAGUUUCCCGAUUACAACAUCAAGGCAUACACUAAGCGACGAACCAUUGACGCCUUCCGCCAUAGCCAAAAGCUCUCGGAUCCUUCUUCCAUCGCUUCCGCUUUAUCCGAUGGUAAGGCUCAACUGGAAAUCGCCAGAAGGCAAGCGACCGUCUACUCACUCUACGCCCCAACUGUCAGGAGUAUUAUGGAGAUGAAUUGCGAGUUCACAUACUAGGAUUCGGGGUAUUAAUUUAUCGCCAUCGUAUUACCUGCUAUGGGGUUUGACCAGGUUUGGGAUUCAGAGAGGCUUAUUAAUGUAUGCUCUUUAUUUAUGGAUCGUAACAUACAGACCAGUUUUUAAUAUUGACCAGGUUUAUGAUUGAAUGAGAGAGGCUUAUCAAUGUAUACGCAUCACUUAUGGAUCUUAAUAAUAUAGACCGGUUCUUAUUGUUGGCUUCUGCAA